AUGAGAGGCAGCUAUUUCAAGGAAAUCACAGUUCCCCUUCUCCAAAAUCCUACCCAACAGCUCAUUCAACUCAACCGCCUCCUGAAAACCCUCGUUUCCACCGCCCGAUUCUCCGACGCCCUCCGCCUCCUCCGCCAGAUCCACUCUUCCCGCCAUCUGAAACCCGACCACUACACCCUAUCCACCGCCAUCUCCGCCUGCGCCAACUCCCACGACACCAAAACCGGUGCCCAGCUCCAUGCCCACGCCAUUCGCUCCGGCCUCAACCUCUAUCCCCACGUUUCCAACUCUCUUCUCUCUCUGUACGCGAAAUCCCAUGAUUUAACCUCCGUGAAAAGGUUUUUUAACGAGAUUCAGAUCCCCGAUGCCUACUCGUACACGACCCUGCUGUCGGCUUGUGUGAAGUCUGGUGAGCUCGAGCACGCCUGCCGGGUGUUCGAUCAAAUGCCCCAGCGUAGUGUGGCUGUGUGGAACGCAAUGAUAACCGGCUGCGCAGAAAAUGGGGAUGAUACGACUGCUUUUGGAUUUCUCAUGAAAAUGCUCGCGUCGGGUGUGAGAGGUGAUCGUUAUACCUUUGCAAGCGUUUUGAGUUUGUGUACUAUGGGGCUGCUUGAUUUCGGAAGGCAACUGCAUUCGUUGGUGGUGAAGACCGGGUUCUUAGCGAUAGUGUCAGUGGUGAAUUCUCUAAUUACCAUGUAUUUUAACUGCAGAAGUGAUUUUGAUGCAUGUGGUGUGUUUGAUGAAGUGGGGCAUGAGCUUGGGGAUGAGAUAACUUAUAAUGCGGUUAUAGCCGGUUUAGUUAGCAUGGAAAGGGAUGAAGAAGCUCUGUUGGCUUUCAAAGAGAUGAUUGCUGCCUGUCUAAAACCAACCGAGUUGACCUUCGUGAGUGUUAUGGGAGUGUGUUUUUCCUCUGAGAUUGCCGGUCAAGUGUAUGGCCAGGCCAUAAAGAUGAAAUUGGGGGAGUCUACAUCAGUGAACAAUGCAGCAAUAACCAUGUACUCGAAAUGUGGGGAUGCAAACACAGCUUAUUUGGUAUUUUUAAGGUUAGUAGAAAAGGAUUCCGUGUCGUGGAAUGCCAUUAUAAGUAACUAUGCUGAGCAGAAUUUGAGUAAAGAUGCAAUCUUUGCUUUCAAAAAGAUGAAAAGGAAUGGAAUUGAACCUGAUGAAUUUACGAUUGGGAGCUUGCUGUCUACCUCCGAUUCUUUACAAAUUGUCGAGAUGAUUCAAGCGAUUGUCAUAAAGAAUGCACUGACAGAAAAAAUUGAAGUUUCAAAUGCAUUAGUUUCUGCUUUUUCAAGAAACGGCGGGAUAAAACAGGCAACCAGACUUUUCCACGGCAUGCAAUCCAGGAACUUGAUAACCUGGAAUUCGAUGAUUUCCGGGUUUGUGUUAAAUAAUUUGCCUGUAAACGGCUUGCACCUUUUUUCAAAAUUACCGUAUUUUGGAUUAAGACCAAAUCACUACACUCUGGCCCUAGCUUUGAGCAUCUGUGCUAGCAUGUCGGCUCUGAACCAUGGUAAAGAGCUCCAUUCGUAUAUAUUGAAAUUUGGUUAUUUUUUCCACACGUUGCUGAAUAAUGCCCUCAUUGCAUUGUACUCUAGUUGUGGGGCUUUAGAUGGGGCUUUGCGAGUUUUCAAGAGCAUGACAGAAAAAGAUACUGUAACGUGGAAUUCAGUAAUAUCUGCAUGUGCGGACCAUGGAGAAGGUAAAAGAGCAAUUCAUUGGUUUGAGACCAUGCUAUAUCAAAGCGCAGCCACACCAGAUUGCGCCACCUUUACUGCGAUCCUCUCGGCUUGCAGUCGGUCAGGCUUAGUUUCUGAUGCCAUUCGGAUUUUUAAUAUGAUGGUUGGCGUUUAUGGUAUCGAGCCCAAAGCAGACCAUAUUUCUUGCAUUUUUGAUCUGUUGGGUCGAGGCGGGUUUCUCGACUUGGCCGAGACAGUGGUCAAGGAAAGGGGUGUUGAAGUUGACCCGCGCAUGUGGUGGACGUUAUUCAGUGCGUGCGUGAAUCAUGAGCAUCUUGAGUUGGCGAAUAUAGUCGCGGGAAUUAUUCUUCAAAGUGGGAACGAAGACCCUGCGGUUUAUGUCCUGUUGUCAAAUCUUUAUGCCAAUGCGGGAAAAUGGGAGGAGUCGGCUAAUUUGAGGGUGUUAAUGAAGAAAUAUGGUGUGGUUAAGCAACCUGGUAGCAGUCAGAUCACAACAUGA